AUGUCGUCGCCGUUGGUGGAAGAGGCUACGCGCAUUGCGCAGCUGUUCCAUUACCCCGCUGAGAAGAUCCAGCUCGGUGUCAAGGAGUUCAUCCGGGAAAUGAGCGAGGGUUUGACCAAGGAACACACGACAUUAAGCCAGAUCCCUACUUACGUCACAUCGGUACCAAAUGGUACUGAAAAGGGCUUGUACCUCGCUGUUGACCUGGGAGGUACCAACUUCCGGGUGUGCUCGAUCGAUCUCCAUGGAGAUACCACAUUCAACCUCACGCAAUCCAAGAUCAUGAUCCCCCGUGAAAUGAUGGCCUCUGGAACCUCAAAGGAUCUCUUCCUGUUCCUGGCGCGGCAGAUUGAAUCCUUCCUGCGCAUUCAUCACAACGAACACUUCGAAGCCCACUUGCGCCGCCGGCGCGACCCCGAUCACGAGGAAGAACUCUUCGACCUCGGGUUCACCUUCAGUUUCCCUGUUCGUCAGUUAGGCAUCAACAAGGGCACUCUCAUCCGCUGGACCAAGGGAUUCAAUAUUCCUGAUGCGGUCGGCCACGAUGUUUGCGCGCUUCUGCAGAACGCCAUUGAUGAGCUGAAUCUGCCCGUGCGCGUGGCUGCGCUCGUUAAUGAUACCGUGGGAACCUUGAUGGCUCGCUCCUACACCUCUCCCGGAGAGACCGGAACCUUCAUUGGUGCCAUCUUCGGCACAGGUACCAAUGGCGCUUAUGUCGAGAAGCUCAACCGCAUCACCAAGCUGCAGACCAUGGAGCACUCCAACUACGAGACCUGCACUGGUGAGAUGAUCGUCAACACGGAGUGGGGAAGCUUCGACAACCACCUCAGCGUCCUGCCCAACACCAAGUGGGACCAGGAGCUGGACGAAGAGAGCAACAACCCCGGCAUUCAGAUGUUCGAGAAACGCGUCUCGGGCAUGUUCCUGGGUGAGAUUCUGCGUCGUGCUCUCAUUGAUAUGCAUCAAGACAAGAGCGUUGGCCUCUUCACGCCCAGCGACACCUCCGAUGUUGUCGUCCCCGAGAACUCUCCCAUCUACCGGCAGUGGGGCAUCGACACCAGCUUCCUCAGUCUGGUCGAGGCUGACAAGACCGAGGCGAUGGAGGAAGUCAAGGCGGCCCUGAAGGACCAUCUGAAGAUUGAACGCCCCAGCAUGGAUGACUGCCGGGUCGUCCAGAUCCUGGUCCACGCGGUCGGCAAGCGUGCCGCUCGUCUCAGUGCUAUCCCUCUGGCUGCCAUCCUGAUCUCCACCGGUAAGAUCGAGGAGGAUAUGGUCGACAUCGGUGUGGAUGGAAGUUUGGUCGAGUUCUAUCCCAAUUUUGAGGGCCACAUUCGGGAUGCGCUGCGGGAGGUGCCUGAAAUGGGCUCGGCUGGCGAGAAGAAGGUGCGCAUUGGCAUUUCGAAGGAUGGCAGUGGAGUUGGUGCUGCCCUCAUCGCCCUGGUUGCGAGUCGAGGCGAUGUUUCCCCAGCUUCGAAGUAG